GUGGACGGCAGCCAGCGCGUGCUUCCUUGCCGGGAAAUCUGAAUUCUUCUGUUGGAUCCCGUUGGGAGGGGGAACGUAUUUCUUGGCCUCCCAGAGAGUCCGGGAGUUCAGACAUCCUGACAAAUUAGCUCGAACAAAUGGGAUGCUGUGGCAGUAAUCCUAUAGACGAUGAGGAACACCUAGACUACAGCUCAGGAAAUGUGACGAUUAUACCUGACCUAAAGAGUUGGGAAAAGAAAUUGGAAGAUGCAAGUGAAGCCGGUAAAACACUUGUUGUAAAAUUCAGCGCAGUAUGGUGCGGCCCGUGUAGGAUUGCUGCUCCUGUAUACGCAGAACUUUCCUUGAAGCAUUCAGAUCUUGUUUUCGUGUCUGUGGAUGUAGACGAACUUCCGGAACUGGUCACUCAGUUCGACAUACGGGCCACACCAACAUUCAUUUUCCUGAGAGAUAAGAAGGAGAUCGAUAAGCUGGUGGGGGGCAACCAGACAGAUCUGGAGCAGAAGUUCGACCCGUAUUGCCGGCCAGGGGAAGAAGUCAUGUGUAAACAGUCUUCCGAGGAUAGAAUCACCUGACGUGGCUGUGAAUAGAGCUUCAGAAAAUACUCCAUUGGCUGGAAACAUCCAGCAAGUGCCUGUUCAGCGACGUACGUAGGCUUGAGAAACUGACCAGCAGAAGUAGGAUUUCUUGGUAGUGUUGAGAUGUUCAGUCCACAUUCAGCAGUAAAGUAAGUUAGCCCAGCAUCUGUAACUUUGCAUCGCACUGAUCAUAUGAACGACAAAUACAAGACAAUGUACUGAUUGACAGCAGAUGCCUUGUGUACAUUCCCUCUCAUGAA